UCCACACACACAAAAGAAAAGAAAAGAAGAGAGAAAAAAAAAAGCUUCCUUCCUUCGUUCGUUCCCGGGGGUAUUGAAUUGAUGGACUGGUAACAGACAGACAGACAGACAGAUAAGAGAUCAUCAACAAACAAUUGAAUCUCUGUCUCUCUCAUUUUGAUUUGGGAGUGGGAAUGGGAAUAACUAGUAGACUAGAGGUGGUGGUGGUCAGCAGCCGCCAUCACCAAUUUUCGUCUUCCCCAAAAACAAACCACCUCCUAUCUCCUCUAUCUUCUUCUUCUUCAUAUUCUAAUUAUUAUUAUAAUCCCACACAUAAUAGUUAUAAUAAUAAUAGAAGAAGAAACAUAACCACGAGAAGAGGAGCACUGAAGAAGAAGAAAGAAUGGAGAGAGUACGAGGAUGCUGUCAAAGACAAAGAUCUCCGUCGUGCCCUUUCUUUCCUCCUCCUCCUCCAACAACAACAGGAGGACCAGGACGAGGAGGAGGAGACACUAAUAAUCAGAAGAAGAAGAAGCGGCGAAGAAGACGAGAGAGAUUGGCGGCUAGUCCUGGAUACAUGUUUGAAUGCGGAUGAUAUGCGACUUGUUGCGUCUGCUUAUUCUUUCCUCAAAGAUAAAGGCUUCCUCUCUCAUUUCGGAAGAUACCGCUCCAUUGUCUUGGAUGGAACUAGAGAUGUCACCCCAACCGUGCUCAAGUCUUCAACCGGCUUAGAAGUUUCCAAACUUUCACCAAAGAAAUGGGGUCUUUCCACAAACUCUGGUCUUGUUCUGCUUGCCUUUUUCGCUGCUUUGUCCUAUCUCGUGGACCAUGGGUUUGAUCUCAGACCUCAGCUUGCCGUAACUUUGGGUAUAGCUAUGGCAGAUUCUGUAUUCCUUGGUGGUUCCUGUUUAGCCCAAAUUUCAAGUUUUUGGCCUCCUUACAAGCGCCGUAUUCUCGUGCAUGAAGCAGGACAUCUUCUAGUGGCUUAUCUCAUGGGAUGCCCCAUUCGUGGAGUUAUUUUAGAUCCUAUUGUUGCAAUGCAGAUGGGGAUUCAAGGCCAGGCUGGAACACAAUUUUGGGAUGAGAAUCUUCAAAAUGAGCUUGCUGAGGGCCGACUCACCGGUGUAGCCUUUGACAGGUAUUGUAUGGUGCUAUUUGGUGGGAUAGCAGCAGAAGCUCUUGUUUAUGGUGAGGCCGAGGGUGGAGAGAAUGAUGAAAAUCUAUUUAGGAGCAUCUGUUUGCUUUUGGAGCCUCCAUUAUCUGUUGCUCAGAUGUCGAAUCAAGCAAGGUGGUCAGUUCUGCAAUCUUAUAAUCUGUUGAAAUGGCAUAAAAAUGCCCAUCAAGCUGCUGUUAGAGCUCUAGAGAGUGGUGGUAGUCUCAGUGUAGUCAUAAGAAGCAUCGAAGAAGCAAUGGCUAGCAGCAGAUGAUGCUUUCAUUGCAAUAUAUGAUACAACAAUCUUAACAUAUCUGUACGUAAUCAUGUACCUUCUAGUUACUACAGCUUAAUUAGGAGUUUGGUCGUGAGAUUGCGAAUUCAUUUAUGUGUGAUAGUAUCUAAAGCAUCAAUUGGGUUAAAAAGUGAAUUUCUUAAUGUAGAUACCCAACCGACUUACUAAAGGAAAGAGUUAUUGAUAGUUAAUAAAAUUGUACCAAAAGAUUCACAAGAAA